ACUUGAAAGAGAAAUAAAUUACGAAGAGACCCUGUUGGGGAGAAAAGCCGGAGGAUUUUAAUUUCAAAAUCAACGAUGAAGAUAAAAGCCAGAGGAUUUUAGUUCUCAAAGCAAUGAUGACAGCUCACGAGGUGAUUUCAUUAAUUUAUGGGUAAAGAGCCCAAAACCCCAGGGAUGGCUUCUCCAGCUUCGCCCCGCUCCUCUCUUUAAAUCCUCCAUUUUUAAGAAAAAAAGAAGAAGAGGAAGAAAAAGAGAGAAAAACAUGAAGGCCAAGGAUGAGAAAUUGGGAGAAGGCUGUUGUUUCUUCAACAAGGACACUCUUGUCCUAAAGCUUCCAAAGAAAUCACCAAUUCUUUCAAGGAUGGUUGUAUUAGCGGUUGUAAUGAUCUGUAGUGUAUAUAUAUGCUCUAUAUGCCUAAAGCAAACAAAGAUCCACAAGGAGUCCAACUUUAUGAGGAUUAAGCUAAUAGAAAAACCUUAUCACGCUCAUAGAAUCCCACACGCUCAGAUUCCAUAUGUUCACUACCCUGAACCAAUCACAUAUAGCAGGAAUGAAUGUGCUUGCGCACCAGUUCGUUUCUUUACUAUCGUGUCAAUGCAACGGUCUGGAAGUGGGUGGUUUGAGACUUUGCUAAAUAGCCAUAUUAAUGUUAGUUCUCACGGAGAGAUCUUUGCAAACAAAGAAAGGAGGAGUAAUAUGUCGGCAAUAAUGAGGACAUUGGAUAAAGUAUACAAUCUUGAUUGGAAUAGUAGUGCUUCAAAAAAUGAAUGCACAGCUGCUGUGGGCUUCAAGUGGAUGCUUAAUCAGGGACUUAUGCAACAUUAUGGUGAAAUUGCUGAGUACUUCAAUAAGAGAGGGGUUUCUGUGAUAUUCCUAUUUAGAAGAAACCAGCUCCGUCAAUGGAUCUCACUACUAGCAAAUUCCCAUGAUCAAUAUGCCAAACAACUGAAUGGGACUCAUAAAGCCCAUGUUCACUCGCAAUACGAGGCAAAUAUACUUGCGAGAUUUAAGCCCAUGAUUGAUGCCAAAAUGCUGGUUCCCAAGCUGAAACAGUUGCACGACUGGGUUGUUGAUGCUCUUGAACAGUUGAAAAGCAACCGCCACAUGGUUAUUUACUAUGAGGAUCUUAUCCGAAAUGACACUAAGGUGAAGGACGUUAUGGACUUUCUUAAGGUGCCACAGAGAAGGCUAAUCAGCCACCACGUGAAGAUACACACGAAGCCAUUGUCACAUCUUGUAGAGAAUUGGGAUGAUGUCCACAAUGCACUUGCAGGAACCCAGUACGAGAGCUUUUUAACGUCUGACUAUCAAAUGUAGAUAACAUGAUGUCAAUAUCGCGCCUUUUAAGUUUCUUGUUUGUCUUCGCAUUCGUUGCUUGCCGAUGCUGGGCAAAAAUGCACGGUGACAACUGACGACCAUUUAGAUCAGGGCAGCUUUUGUUAGCAUAAGGUGGAAAUUUUUAGUAGUAGUGUUAGCGUGUUGAGUUGCGCGUUCUCAUUUUAAUUUGAGGUGUUAAAUGGGAAUGGAUUUUGCAAUACGAUGAGAUUUGCUAAACCCAUUCAUUUUUGUACUGUGGAAGUAAUAACGUGUGUUAAUUGAAGCUGAAAUUCAUCUGAAGCAUUAUAAAUUGUACCUGCUUCUGGAAUCUUUGAUUUGAUAGUUAUAUCCUUAUAUUUUGGAAGAA